GCCGCGGCGCACGACAAGAUGGCGGCGGGUGGGAGCGGCGGCCGCGCGUCGUGCCCGCCGGGGGUGGGAGCGGGGUCCCCGGGACCCAGCGCCAACGCCGCCCCGGCCCCCGGCAACGCGGCCGCCGCCGCCGCCCCGGGGCCCGCCGCCGCCGCCCCGGGGCCCGCCGCCGCCGCCCCGGGGCCCGCUUCGGCCGAGGAGCCGGGCGCGCUGCUGCGGGAGCCGGCGUACAACUGGCAGGCCACCAAGCCCACGGUGCAGGAGCGCUUCGCCUUCCUCUUCAACAACGAGGUGCUGUGCGACGUGCACUUCCUCGUCGGCAAGGGCCGCGGCGCGCAGCGCAUCCCGGCGCACAGGUUCGUGCUGGCCGUGGGCAGCGCCGUGUUUGACGCCAUGUUCAACGGCGGCAUGGCCACCACGGCCACGGAGAUCGAGCUGCCGGACGUGGAGCCCGCGGCCUUCCUGGCACUGCUCAAGUUCCUGUACUCGGACGAGGUGCAGAUCGGGCCCGAGACGGUGAUGACCACGCUGUACACGGCCAAGAAGUACGCGGUGCCCGCGCUCGAGGCCCACUGCGUGGAGUUCCUCAAGAAGAACCUGCGGGCCGACAACGCCUUCAUGCUGCUCACGCAGGCACGGCUGUUCGACGAGCCGCAGCUGGCCAGCCUGUGUCUGGAGAACAUCGACAAGAACACAGCCGAUGCCAUCGCCGCCGAGGGCUUCACCGACAUCGACCUGGACACGUUGGUGGCGGUGCUGGAGCGCGACACGCUGGGCGUGCGGGAGGUGCGGCUGUUCUGCGCGGCGGUGCGCUGGGCGGAGGCCGAGUGUCCCCGGCAGCAGCUGGCCGUCACGCCCGAGAACAAGCGCAAGGUGCUGGGCGAGGCACUCGGCCUCAUCCGCUUCCCGCUCAUGACUAUCGAGGAGUUCGCUGCAGGCCCCGCGCAGUCCGGCAUCCUGGUGGACCGGGAGGUGGUGAGCCUGUUCCUGCACUUCACGGUGAACCCCAAGCCGCGCGUGGACUUCAUCGACCGGCCGCGCUGCUGCCUGCGGGGCAAGGAGUGCUGCGUUUCGCGCUUCCAGCAGGUGGAGAGUCGCUGGGGCUACAGUGGGACCAGCGACCGCAUCAGGUUCUCCGUGAGCAAGCGCAUCUUCGUGGUGGGCUUCGGGCUGUACGGCUCCAUCCACGGCCCCACGGACUACCAAGUCAACAUCCAGAUCAUCCACACGGACAGCAACACGGUGCUGGGCCAGAACGACACCGGCUUCAGCUGCGACGGCUCGGCCGGCACCUUCCGCGUCAUGUUCAAGGAGCCCGUGGAGAUCCUGCCCAACGUCAACUACACGGCCUGCGCCACGCUCAAGGGCCCCGACUCCCACUAUGGCACCAAGGGGCUGCGGAAGGUGACCCACGAGUCUCCCACCACGGGCGCCAAGACCUGCUUCACCUUCUGCUACGCGGCCGGGAACAACAACGGGACGUCGGUGGAGGACGGGCAGCUCCCCGAGGUCAUCUUCUACACGUAGCCCCGCCCCGCCCCGCCCCGCACGCAGCAACACAUCUCGUCAAGCCCCCCAGCGAGGGCCUGGGGGACCCCCACCCAUAGCCCCGAAGCCACAGAGCGCCCCGAGGAGGCGCGCAGAGCAUUUUUUAAAUAAAAGAAACGAAAGAGC